CUAGGUUUGAUUUUUGAGCAGAACAAGACAGACCAUGGACAUAGCUCUCUUUUCCCCAUCUUCACUUUUUGCCAACGACGAUGACUCUUCCAGUGGUGAGGAAACCACAGAGACCCAGCAAAGCUUCGUAGAGAGGAAGCAUGACUUCCCUGGAAUGGAGUUGAUUGUUCGAGAGUUUGCGUUUCAUCAGUUGAAUGCCAAUUUACUCUGGCCUGGGACAUUUGCAUUCGCAGAAUGGCUAGUUCAAAACAGGCCAUUGAUUGAGGGACGGCGUUGUAUUGAACUGGGCAGCGGAACUGGCACACUGGCCAUUUUCCUACGAAGAUUGUGUAAUCUUGACAUCACUACAUCCGACUAUAAUGAUCAAGAAAUUGAAGAGAAUAUAGCUUACAACUGCAGGGAAAAUGGAAUUGCCCCUGCUCUCCCUCAUAUAAAGCAUACCUGGGGUGAGAGCUUCACCUGUAAUGAUCCAGACUGGGACCUGAUUAUUGCGAGUGAUAUCUUAUUAUACGUGAAACAGUAUCCAAAUUUGAUAAAAACUCUUUUGUUUCUCCUGAAAUCUUACAAACCAAAGAAGAAUGAAUUACAGCCUCGAGCCGAGGAUGGGCCAACUGGACAAUCUAUCGUUUUACCCCGGCCUUCAUUUCUGAUGAGUUGGAGACGAAGAAUUGGAAAGGAGGAUGAAUCAUUGUUCUUCACGGGUUGCGAGGAUGCUGGUCUAGAAGUAAAGCAUCUGGGAUCUCGGGUGUAUUGCAUCAAACCAUAAGAUACUACUACCAAUGGCAACCAUGUAGUGAACUCUUAAAAAGCUAUACAUAGAACUAACUAUCUUCAAUUGGCAUUCCCACCAGUUUUCCUCCUUUGGUGGUAGAUGUUUUAAGUGACAUGCAAUUCACAUGUUGCAAUUAGGAAUAUGAACUGAGAGAACUAGUAUGAAAACGCUUUUGUAUUUGUUGAGCACAAUUGUAUCUAGCAUGUGUAAGAUUGUAAUUUAUAACAAAUUUCGGGGAGAGAGAGUUUCUGAAUGGUUUGACUAUAA